CGUGGCCUAGUGCACUCAAAGUCAGAGAACUACUACAAGCAGGCAGCAAGGGUAUUGGAGGAUGAACUUGACAGAAGGACUUUACGAGAAAUGACGGAGUAUCAACUAAUGGGAGAUGUUCCUGUAGCUUCGACAACUGUAGCUGAGGCUCUAAUGGAGCCGAUGACUGCCACGGAGACAGCAAGUGCUCCUACGUCAUUAAAGAAUGCUACUAUUGAGGACUCACCUCAGGAGACGCCUAACGCAAGUGCACCAGCAUCACUGGCAGGGAAUAUAGUUGUUUCUGAAGUACGAGUUCAAUGUGCUACACCUGUGAUUGAUGAAUCGCAUGCUAAUGAACAGAAAGAUUGGCCACCUGAAGAACUACAAGUAGAUUCUGCCUCAGAAGAAACAACAAACAUCAAAGAGGCAGAACCUAAACCUAAAGCUCAAGAUGAAGAGUUCGAUGAUUUCCUUGCUGAUUUGGCAAGUGAUCCAGAGGCUGCCAACAAAGCAGCCACAAAAGUACAGGCUAACUUUAGAGGAUUCCAAGCCAGGAGAUCAAUUGUGCCUAAGGUUGUUGAUGUACAAUUUGGAGAUUCAACUGAUGAACCAAAGGAACCUGCACCUGUUGUAAAUGAAACAAUUGUGCCAGUUGUAGCCACUACACCUACUGAGGAGGCUGUACAAACUAAGUCAUCAAUGGGAGAAGAAAUUGUACAAGAAACUAAAGAACCUGUACUAGCAAUUGAAGGAGCAGCACCAACAGCUCAGGAACAACAGCCAGCAGCUGAAGCACAAGCAGCUGAAGAACCAGCACCAGCAGCUGAAGAGCCAGCACCAGCAGCUGAAGAACCAGCACCAGCAGUUGAAGAACCAACACCAGCAGUUGAAGAACCAGCACCAUCUUCUGAAGAACCAGCACCAGCAGCUGAAGAACCAGCACCAACAGCUGAAGAACCAGCACCAGCAACUGAAGAAAAUAUACCAGGAACUGAAGAACAAGCACCAAGAACUGAAGAACCUGCACCAGGAGCUGUUGAACCUGCACCAGCUGAGGGUUAAAUAGCCUCAAGGUCUUUUCAUUGACAGUUUGGCAUAGCCUAAACCCAUAUAUGGAAAUAUAUAUAUGGAAUGAAAGCCAUAGGGAUAGAAAGGAAGGGAAUAUACAUAGUGCAAUAUAAGUCUGAGUUCAUUUAUACCUUUUAAUGUAGCCAAAUCUUUUGGAAUUAAUAAGCUACUUAAAAUCUGAA